AUGUCCGACGAGAACGGCACUGAGCCGAUCAAGCGCGAUGUCCGCAAUCAUAUGCUGUUUGAGGUGGCUACCGAAGUGGCAAACCGUGUCGGCGGCAUCUACUCGGUUCUGAAAUCCAAGGCUCCCGUCACAACAGCCGAGUAUGGUGAACGCUAUACGUUGAUCGGGCCCUUGAACAAAGCUUCGGCUGCGGUUGAGGUUGAAGAGCUGACUCCAGCUAGCCCGGCCAUGCGCGACACCAUCGCAGUCAUGCAGGAGCGAGGCAUUGAGAUCGUCUAUGGUCGCUGGUUGAUUGAGGGGGCCCCACGGGUCUUGCUCAUCAAUACGGGUACGGGUUAUCGCUGGUUGGAUGAGUGGAAGGGCGAUCUGUGGAACAACUCCGGCAUCCCGUCCCCCGAUGCUGAUCAUGAGACCAAUGAGGCAAUCGUAUUUGGUUACCUGGUCGCGUGGUUCUUGGGAGAAUACAUUGCUCAUGACCGUCGCCGCGCCGUGGUCGCUCAUUUCCACGAAUGGCUGGCCGGUGUAGCUUUGCCAUUGACUAAGAAACGCCACAUGGAUCUGACCACCAUCUUCACUACACAUGCUACUCUGCUGGGUCGUUAUCUCUGUGCCGGCUCCGUGGACUUCUACAACAACCUCCAGUACUUCGAUGUGGAUGCUGAGGCUGGCAAGCGUGGAAUCUAUCACCGAUACUGUAUCGAGCGCGCUGCUACCCACAGCGCUGAUGUCUUCACUACCGUUUCUCAUAUCACCGCGUUUGAAAGUGAGCAUCUGCUCAAGCGGAAGCCUGAUGGUGUCCUGCCUAAUGGUCUGAAUGUCAAGAAAUUCUCCGCUAUGCACGAGUUCCAGAACUUGCACUCGCAAGCUAAGGAGAAGAUUAAUGAUUUCGUUCGCGGGCACUUUUACGGCCACAAUGACUUCGAUUUAGAUAAUACCCUGUAUCUGUUUACCGCUGGACGGUAUGAGUACCGGAAUAAGGGUGUGGAUAUGUUCAUUGAAGGUCUGGCUCGUCUCAACCACCGCCUGAAGGCUAGCGGAUCGACUAUGACUGUCGUCGCAUUUAUCAUCAUGCCUGCACAGACAUCUUCAUUGACAGUCGAGUCCCUUAAGGGACAAGCUGUGGUGAAAUCCUUGCGCGAUACAAUUGAGAACAUCGAAAAGGGCAUUGGAAAGCGCAUGUACGAGCGUUGUCUCUCUUGGAAGGAGGGUGAAAAUAUGCCUGAUCAGAAGGAUCUCAUUACCAGCCAGGACCGCGUGCUUCUGCGCCGUCGCCUGUUUGCCAUGAAGCGUCACUCACUCCCACCCAUUGUCACCCAUAACAUGGUCAACGAUACCGAGGACCCAAUCUUGAAUCAGCUGCGUCGCGUGGAAAUGUUCAACAACUCCUCCGAUCGCGUUAAGAUUGUCUUCCAUCCUGAAUUCUUGAAUGCUUCCAACCCCGUCCUGCCCCUGGACUACGACGACUUUGUUCGCGGAACUCACCUCGGAGUGUUCCCUUCAUACUACGAGCCAUGGGGUUAUACCCCUGCUGAGUGCACUGUUAUGGGUGUGCCCAGUAUCACCACUAAUUUGUCUGGAUUCGGAUGCUACAUGGAGGAAUUGAUUGAGAAUUCAUCCGACUAUGGUAUCUACAUUGUGGAUCGCCGUACGAAGGGAGUCGAUGACUCAGUGACCCAGCUUGCCGAGUUCAUGUUCAAUUUCACACAGAAGAGCCGUCGUCAACGAAUCAACCAGCGUAAUCGUACCGAGCGUCUGAGUGAUUUGCUUGACUGGAAGCGAAUGGGCUUGGAAUACGUCAAGGCCCGACAAUUGGCCCUACGCAGAGCCUACCCCUCCUCAUUCGAUGGAAAGGAGGACUACUUCGACAUGAUCGGCGGAACAGACCAGAAGAUCUCUCGACCUCUUUCCAUCCCUGGAUCUCCUCGCGACAGGUCCGGCAUGAUGACCCCUGGCGAUUUUGCCUCUCUCCAGGAAGGCCGCGAAGGAUUGAGCACAGAGGACUACAUUGCCUGGAAGCUUCCAGAGGAAGAAGAGCCCGAAGAGCAUUUUUACCCGCUCACGCUCCGCACCCGGAAGAAUGGCGACCGGCCCCAAUCCCCGCUGGAUAGUAUAUCCGUUAAUGGCGGCGAGGGGCUUAAGACUGACGACGAGUGA